CUGAGGGGCAGUUCUCUACCCCACGUCAAGCUGAUGGAGGGGCAAAUCUCCCCCAAGAUGCCCCGCGUCGGACCGCCCAGGAGGAGAGCUCGCAGCUUCUGUGACGGCUGGUUUCGGGCUGUCGCGGGGAUCGAAGACGUGAAUGGAUGGCUAUGGGACGAGAAUGUCUUCGGUCACUUGCCAGCCCAGCCAUUGUCACGCGUAGCGAGGCCCAAGCAAAAGCCGCUUUAUUAAUCCAGGCGAGCUGAGGAGAGUCGGAGGCCCAAGGAGUCGGAGGAGCCCACCGUUCACAGGAGCUGCUGCAAGUUUAAAUGCCCACGGUCUGCCCCUCCAUCACCUCAUACGUAGUUCUCCUUUCUCCUGUUCUUCCCAUCUCCAGCCUGUCUUCUUCGUCUUCUUCUAUACCCUACUUUCACGUUAAGAUACCCAAACACCUUCCCAAUGGCUGCUGAGCGUAACGAACCCCUCCGUCUGGGCACCAUUGCCCCCAACUUCCAGGCCGAGACCACCAAGGGUCCCAUUGACUUCCAUGAGUUCAUUGGCGACAACUGGGUCAUCCUCUUCUCCCACCCCGAGGACUACACGCCCGUCUGCACCACCGAGCUUGGUGAGAUGGCCCGCCUCGAGCCUGAGUUCUCCAAGCGCGGCGUCAAGCUCAUCGGUCUCUCUGCCAACACCCUCGGCAGCCACGAGGGCUGGAUCAGCGACAUCAAGGACGUCACCGGCUCUCAGGUCAACUUCCCCAUCAUUGCCGACAAGGAGCGCAAGGUCGCCUACCUUUAUGACAUGAUCGACUACCAGGACACCACCAACGUCGAUGAGAAGGGCAUUGCCUUCACCAUCCGCUCCGUCUUCUUCAUCGACCCCAAGAAGACCAUCCGCUGCAUCCUCUCCUACCCCGCCUCCACCGGCCGCAACAGCGCCGAGAUCCUCCGUGUCAUCCAGUCCCUCCAGACCGGUGACAAGCACAAGGUCACCACCCCCAUCAACUGGGUCCCCGGUGAUGAUGUCAUUGUCCACCCCAGCAUCAAGGGCGACGAGGCCACCAAGCUCUUCCCCAACCUCCGUGCCGUCAAGCCUUACCUCCGUUUCACCCCUCUCCCCGAGAUUGACUAAAUGGGAUCGCGGACGGAGAAGGAUAUGGUGUGGUGUUUAGGAUGGGGCGAUGAUAUCAGAACGUUACGCAUAUAAUGAGGUCAAAGAAAAAGUCGGCGCCGAUUUGAAAAGGUCAGGGAUUGUUGACAGGCGUUUGAAUGGGCAGGGAACAGGGACCAAAGGGAAUUCUUCUGGCGGAGCUUCUAUGGAAGCUAUUUGCGUAAUCUAGGCCGUUGUUGAGAUGUAGCUAGCAAACAUGAGCAAUAUGAGCCUUUUUAAACUCCAGUUCUUUGUUAGUGGAAAUUGUAAUUGUUUCUGUCUGCCUUAAACCAUCAAGGUCCU